AUGGAGUCCAUUAAAGGACGUCCGGAGCAUGUGGAGACGGUUUUCGGAGAGGCGAUUGUAGCCCGAGACGAGUCUCUUGUAGUCCUGGCGAGUGCCUCUGGCUUAGGGCCACCAGACCUUUGCUGGCUGCAGAAAGCUCCAAAAAACGCGCUCACAGGAUCUAGCGGCGAGGCGAAGGGUUACUAUCACUGCUGCCUCGGCGUGGAUGCCUCAUCAUCCGCUGCUGUCGCUGCUUAUUUCGCCACGCUCACGGCCCUCGGUCUGUUCAGCUCAUCCGAGGUACGAAUAGAGCGCGGCUUCUACUGCUGCUACGACCCGCUCACCCGCCUGGACGUGCGCUGCGAGCUGUGUAUUCCGGGCGGAGUUGUGUGCGGGGCGCUGGACUGCGAGGGCAACGUGCACGACGUAACAGCGGAGCUCUGGAGGAACUGCGUGGUGCGGGGGGUAGCGAGCUUCCUGCGGGCCGAGCUGUACGACGCCGAGCUGGUGUCGUACUCGGAGGUGCCAGUUGCUCGGUACCCCCCACUCCCCACCCUAGCGGACGAAUCGCGGCUGCUGGCGGCUGUGACGGGACUGUACGAGGACGGGGUGCUGCCGGAGGCGCUGGAGGCGCUGACCAUCGAUCAGGCUGGCGGUGUAUCGCCCGAACACGGCGACCUGGUACUGCACACCUUGCUGCACUACUUUGCCAAGAGGCAGCGCUGGGGAACCGCGAUGGAGUUUUUCGCGAGGCUGGCGGCUACCUACCCUACCGCGGCGCUGUACGUUGCUGCCGUACAGCGUGAAUUGGAGGAGUUCCCCGAGGAUCCCGUGCUGCUGGCGGGUCUGGCGACUGACUGCCUCAACAUGGACCAGGUUGAUGCCGCGCUCCGAUUCGCCAUCAAGUCCGCGCGGCUGCGGCCCUUGCAGCGGGCUGCGUGGCUGGCGCUGGCGCGUGCACAUGUACGACGUGGCGGCGGCGCUGCGGCGCUUGUGGUGCUAAACCUGGUGCCUCCGCCGCCACUUCCCGGCAGGGAGGGUGCCAUGCUGCAUGCCCUUGUAAACCCUGGGGGCCCCUUGAAUAGAACCAGGACCUCAGCUUCCGGCGGCGGCGGGACGGUCAGUGGUUUCGGAGCCGCCGCCUCUGGGCCCCUGCCUGGCUCCCUGCUUGUUCCCCGCGAACCCCCGGAUGCGGGUGUGGCUCCGGACACAGCGCCGCUACGAAUUACCCAGGCAGUGAUGGCGGCUGUGUAUACGGUGUUGCAGGAGCUUGUGGCAGUGUCCGGCUGGGAUGGCUUCUUGAAGCUUCGCGCUUCCGUGUUCGUGAUGCGGGCCGACUCGGAAGUCCUUCGAGAGCAACAGAGGGAAGCGGAGGAGCGCGAGCGGCAGUUACAGCUGUUGCACCGGCAGCUGUCCGCCACCUUGCCGCCCACACCUAGCUGGGCUGCAGCGGCUCAGCAGCAGCAGCCGCAGCAGCAGCAGCAGCCUUCGGAGCCACCGCUCAUUACGUUGCCCCCUCCCCACCCUCAGAACGGGGCCAGCGGGCGGGGUGCGCUCGAAGGCGUUAGUUUUCAUGCUGCUCUGGACGAGGCGGCCGUGAUGGGGCUGGCGGAGUAUCCCGAACACUUGGAGACAGCUUCCAUGUGUUUUUUUCCUUCGGCCUAUCGUACGGGUAUGCCGUACUUAUCCCCAACCUUGGCGAUUGUUAAAUUGCCUUUGAUUUCUGAAGCCCCUGUUUGUGUAUUACAUACGUGCAUUUUCAACCUGAAAAACUUGGAACAGGACAACUAUGAUGACCCACGGGUCAUAGCCGCGCGUGAGGCUCACAGGCGCCACCUGCGGGAAAUCGCGGAGCGGCAGGCACGGCUUGAGGCGGCGGAGGGUGGUGCGUACGCGGAUGACGAGUGGGACGGAUCCUCUGACGGCAGCGGCGGCGGCGGCGGAGCUGGCGGCGGCGGCGGGCCACGCAGCUCGCCGGGCCGGUUCAGGAGAGGAAGGCAUAAGGGCCGCCGUACACCUGGCGGCGGCGGAAAGCAUCAUUGGACUGCUCAUCAACAACAGCAGCAUCCGCCGCCGCCGCCGCAGCAGCUGGUGCAGGAUGCGACGGCGAUGGACGUUGCCGGCGGCGGCGAGUCGGCGGCGGCGGCGGGAUUGAAAUCCGACGUCGUGGCGGAGAUGGCGUCGCUGGCACUUGGCGGCGGCGGCAGCGGCAUCGUGGACGCCGGUGAGAUUGUACGUCAAGAGGCUGCGGACGCGCUGCGUCUGGCGCAAUCGCGCGCACAAGAGGAAGAUCUCCCGCCUGCGCUCUUGCCGCCGCCGCCGCCGCAGCAGCAGCAGCAGCAAGGGCCCGGAAGCGUCGGUGGUGGCGGCGGUGGCACCGCCGCCGCCGCCGCCGGGUCGACCACUUCGACGUCAACGGGAUGGUUGGGUUUCUUCUUUGGCAGUGGCGACGGGGGCGGCGGCGGCGGCGAGGUGCCAUCCCAGCGGCGUGAGGCUGGGCCUCUAGGGGAAGGCGUUGAGCUGUGUACCAGCGGCGGCAGCAACGGCGACAACCACGACCGUACCUUUCUAGAGCUGACGCAGGUGACCACGGCGACAGCACGUGCACCGACCUUGGCACUGCCGUACGGUUUCGGGGCUGCCGUGCAAUCCGGCCGCCGCCGCUGCAGUCUUCACGGAUUACCCUCUCUCAUCCGGAAAGCUACCGGGCGCGCCGCCACAUCGCACUCGAGACGAGGAGAGCAUGCUGGCUUGCCGCUGACUGGAGUUGGACGAUGUCGUACAAGGCGGCACGGGCGGUACGGUAAGGCGUUGGGAGUCAUAGUGGGUGCCGUCGACGGCGUUUACGGAGAAUGGUGGGAGCCUGCGAUUGCCGCGACGGCGGCGCCGAGGGAGUCGGGCGUGGUCGUGUGUACGGCGUUGGCACCGCUCGUACAAAGCCGGCCGGGAACCUGUCGCGGUGGCGAUGCCGCCGCGGCACACUUCGCUGACCUUCGCUACGACGCUACCUUCAGCGGUAACCCUAGCGGACUGCUACUGCCCCCACAUGCUGCCGCGGCCGCGACGGCGAAGAAGACAGCGACGACGGCAGCGACGACGGCAGCGGCGACGGCAGCGUUGGGCGCGACGACGGCAGCGUUGGCAGCGUCUUCUGCAGCCUCGCCAGGAUUGCCUGACAAUAAAGUGGCGUUGACGAUGGCCGUGCUGAAACGCGUGGUAUGUCGAAUGAUGAACACCCGAGUGGGUCGCAACAGGGCCGUCGGCGGCCGCCCCGCCGCCGCCGCCGCCACCGCCGCCGCUGCCGCAGUCGGCAGUGGCGUCGUUGGACUCCGCACGAUUGGUCGUGUAACGCAUCGACUGCAGCGGUGGUGGUGGCGUCGACGGCGAAGACAGUCGCGUGUGACGCCGCCGCCGCCGCCGCCGCCGCCCACAGCCCAAUCAUACGGCCCUUUCGCGCCGCUGUUGACGGCGCGAAAUCGUGGCAGCGGCAGGGGCGACGGCCGGGAUCCCAGGCGGCUUCUUGGAGCGCUAGGUAUCGGCAAAAGCCAGUUGCGCUUGUGCACGGGGAAUGAAAGGGCAUUAUAUGGCAUGCGGCGUGAAUACAUGUCCGUACGGCAAUCCGUCAAACCAUCCGUACAUCGCGUUGGUCCCGGCCCCGUGGCCGAAUCAGACGGCGAUGCGGCGUUGACGGCGCAUGCUGACGUUGACGCCGGCGACGUCACCGCAGAACCCCCCACGGCGUUUAACAGUAUGGCGUCAGCUGCCGUCGCUGCCGGCCGCGGUGUUGACGUUGACGACGGCGACGACGACGACGGGUUUCCGUUGGUGCUCCAAAACCAGGAUGCGGAUCGGCAGGUGGUUUUGGAAGGGCUGGACGUAACGGAACUGGGUGCCAAGCGGCUAUGCGCCAGGUGGUUGGACGAGCUAAUCGUCGCGCUAUGGCAUGACUUGCAGGCGUUCCUCGACUGGAAGGCCUUGGAUUCGGAGCUCGCAGAGGCGGGCUUUCGGAGCCAUGCGGAAAUUGUUGCGGGUCUGGCGCCCGCGCCGACCGCCGCCGCGGAUUAUCAACGCCGGCCCGGGGCGCCUUCCUCCUCCGCCGACACGCCGGCGGGUCAGUCUUCCGCUGCCGCCGCUGCGGCGGCGGCAGAGUCGGUGCCGCCGCCGCCGCCGCUGCCGACUCUUUCUGUCGCGGAAUGGCUCCGUCGGGGUCUGCUGGCGGAGCGGCUCCAUCACGAAGCGGACGCGCUGGCGGCGUACCUUGCGGCGGUCAUGACGCCGCCGCCGCCGCCGGGAUCUGCCGGCAGUGGUGGCGGCGGCGGCGGCGGCGGUGCCGUCUUCGCUGCCCUGCCGGGCAGCGGCCCUGGAGCCUUCAGCAUGAUCGCUUGGCAGGCUACUAUGCGUCUGGCGCCGUCGGCCGACUCGCGGGAUAUUCCGGGAGCGCUGCGUGCCGUACAUGCCGUAAUGGCGUGGCUUGAGACCCGGGGAUUUGGAGGCGUGGGGGCGUCGUCCGUUUCCGCCACCCUGCCGUUCACCACCGGCUUUGUGGCGGCACUGGCGCCGCCGGCUGGCGGCAGUGGAUUGGCCGGGGCUGCGGCGCGAGCCACAGCUAUCCUGCAAGGCGCAGCUGGGGUCCCUGGCGGCAAGCUGCAAGCUUGCCCGCUAUCUGUCGUACAGUGUCUGUACUACGUUGCGGCGUUGCUUGGGGAAUCUGGUGUAGAGGCUGUCCUGGCAAGUACGGCACCACAGGCCACGCCGGCGGCGGCAGCUAUGGCAACGGCCAGGAGCGGAGGUGUGGCCGUACAUCCCACGGCAGCGACUGUUCUGCGGUAUGCCGUACGGUCGGCGGGGACACGGUCUGGUACGGGGCAGAUGCCGUACAGCAGCGAUGACGUGAAUGGGCCACUCGCAGGGGCAGGCCUGGUGUCUGCAAUUCCUGUUCGUACACACCACCAUCACGACAGCGCCGCGUCCGCUGGCACUGCCGCCGCCGCUGCCGCUGGUGGUGGUGGUGGUGGUGGUGGUGGUGGUGGUGGUGACGGAGCGGCUCGUUGA